GAGUUCGACCAGUUUGGAUAUUUUUCUUUCCCUUUCUUUCCUUGCGGCAGACCACUUCAUGAGGAAUUUCAACAGAACGAGCCAAUAACAUGCGCGGGCUUUCUGUUUUCGCAGCCCUGUUGGUAUUUGCCACGCAUGCCUACGGUGGACCUUUCAAUAGACUGUUUUGCCCUACAUUAUGCAACCCACAGCCGAAGAGGCCUCUGAAAAGUUGCGUUCACAGCUGUGGCUUUCUAAGAUACGGCAAAUACUACGAUGGCAGCAGUUGUUGGUACCUUGUUGGAUCCGGAAGAUUCUUCGGUAUAAAAGGCUACUGUAAGCAAGGGUUGUGCCUCAGAGUGCUAGCUUCUGGUUACGAAGGUUCUGAUGCACAGAAGUACUGCGGCGCUGUCCAAGCGAAAGUUGUCUUUCCCAAGGCGACAGAGGAAGAAGGCUCCCUGUUAAAUGUUACUCAGACGAAUCGGCAUACAUCGACCGAAAGGACCAAGGCUAUCGCCGCUGAAGACCCAAAGCUUUCAGAAUUCAAGUCUACAAGCGCUACUACACUGGAAGCCACCUCAUUUUCACACACCGAGAACUAG